AUGACCGGCGUGGUGGCCAUGAUGCGUUCAGCCUCCUCCCGGUGGUUCUGCCCGUCACCGGGCAGGGGCAGGCACAGCAACGGUGCCAACACCAACACCAACACGUUCCCACUCGGCAUCUUCACCCGCUCGGUGAUCUACGUGGCAAGGAACCCCAAGGACGUUGCCGUCUCCUUCUACCACUUCCACCACCUGGCCAAGUUCCUGCCUGACCCUGGCUCCUUUGACACCUUCCUGACGCAGUUCCUUGAGGGCACAGCACAGCGUCUUGCUGCCUUCCUGGGCUGCCCACUGGGUCCGGAGACACUGGGAGCCCUGGAGCAGCACUGCAGCUUCGCUGCCAUGAGGGACAACACCAUGGCCAACUACACCCUCAUCCCCUCCGAGAUCAUGGACCACAGCCAGGGACGCUUCAUGAGGAAAGGUGUGGUGGGGGAUUGGCGUGACCACUUCUCCCCCCAGCAAAACUCCACCUUCAACCGCCGCUACCAGGAGGAGAUGGGAGACGUGGAGCUGCCCACCCGCUGGCCCAUGGCAUGA